AUGCUAAGCACUAAGAGCAGUCCGUUUGCUUUCAGCAAUGCCCUUACGAGAUGCCUGAAUCUUCUGGAGAGCGUGAAGGACAGCCCGCCUAUGCUGAGGGAGGUCUUGGCGCACAUUAAAAGAAACAGAGAGUGUGUGCAAACUGUCAUGAAAAUACUGAAGCAGGAGGAGACACUGAGGAGGCACGGAAAGCAGAAGCUGUUUCAGAUGGUUUUUGCGCUGUGGGCUGCGUUUCCAGAGAUGGCAACUCCGGAUAGAGUAGCAUCCUGUCUUUCAACGGCCUCAGAGAGCAAACUGAUAAAAAUCCUGCUUCUGAAAAUUUUGAUAUCUUUGGUCAAACAGGAGAGAAUUGAAGCAGACAGUGCGCUUAGCGCAAUAGAGCCUCAUUUGUUCCAGGGGUGUGUAGAAACAGACUAUCUAGUGCUCACAGCAAUGGUUGAGAUACUGGAGAAGAGUCCUGCACACACUGGAAGAGUCAGAACGAUCAGAGAAAGAAUGCCCGAGCAUCUUCCUGUAUCUUUAGUGCCGAAGAUCAUGCAGCUUGCCUUGAAAACAGGUUUCCAGUACACCAUUCCGUUAGAGGCAAUAGGUCUGCACAAUACAAGUGCGUACAUCAGAAUUUUAGAUACGAUUUCAGUCCUCGGCGUGGUAUACCCAAGCACGCAGCUAUUUUCCAUCCUUCCAGAGCUGACAGACUCGUUUAAGCACACAAUGUCCAGUUUUCUGCAGAAACAGCCGUGUCUCCCAGACUACGCGAUAAAAAACAGCAGAAAGAUCCCCUUCACAAACAGCUUAAUCAUCCAAAAAGUAAAAGACAUACUAGCUGCAAAGGAAGACGAUCCGGCAAAGAUAGUAGAGAAGCUGAAAAAGCUGCUAAUUUGCUGA